UGCCACGCUUUGAUCUCGUCAAGCCUGAAGUAGGAUUUCACGCCAUUGUGAAAGAAAAUGACAGAACGGUGAUCAUCUCACCGAGAAUAAAAGUGGUCGACGCCGAACUGUGCAACAUCGAGAUAGUGAACAAGCACCACAAUGACAUGCCGUUUGAGAUUCAGAUCACUGACCAGAUCAACGGCGAGGCGAUUGUUACCGCUAAGCGGGAACUCAACUGUGAAAAGCGACGCUCCUAUCACUUCACAAUGCGAGCCGUCUCUUGCACUGGACAGUACUCGGAGAACGCCACUGUGUACAUAGUCGUGGAGGACCUGAAUGAAUAUGCGCCCAUCUUCCGCCAGGACUCGUACACGGUGACAGUGAACGAGGGUCGCAUUAUCGAUCCAAUCAUCCAAGUGGAGGCGAUCGACCAUGACUGCAGCAGCAAGUUCAACGAAAUCUGCAAGUACGAGAUCGUCGGCGGAGACAAGCUCAACACUCCCUUCGUGAUCGAUGCCAAUGGUAAUAUCAAGAACACCCGGGCGCUCUACUACAAGGAGUCGCACAAUCACAUCCUCGAGGUGGUCGCCUACGACUGCGGCAUGAAGCGCUCCAAGCCCGCCAUUGUCAACAUCAAAAUUAAUAAAGUCUGCACCCUCGGCUGGAAAGGAGUUCCUGAGCGAAUCGAGUACAUGUCUGGCUCUGGCUCUCGCGUCCUCGUCCCGGAGGCCGAACUGCAGCUGUGCGAUCUGCUCUGUGAGACGAAGAACGUCACCGUGCACGUCUCCCUGGCCACUCACCACAUCGGCAAGGGCUGCGAUCGGGACACCUACUCGGUGGAGUCGCAGAGGAAGCUAUGCGGUAAGUAUUCACAGUCACAGUGCAGAGAGAAAGAGAAAGUGAAAGGCAGAACCAGUGGACUCAUUGGGCGUCACUCGUCGUCGUUGUUGUUGUUGUACAUUACAGGCGCCAGCACGGAGAGCAUCGACCUCUUACCUUCCUCGAACAGCGGCGCCGAGUGGAUUCGCGACCUGCCCACUGACGAGGGACGGGAGAGUGACCAGAUCUACGAGUUUGACGGCGCCUCCAACUCGGUGCUCGUCCCUGAGGACGUCUUUGAUCACAACCUCACCAGCAAGUUUUCCGUCUCCUUUUGGAUGAAGCACGAGCCACCGCUGGACCAGUCGAACAAGCACAUCAAGGAGCACAUUAUCUGCAAUGCUGAUGACCACAAAAAGAACCGUCACCACUACUCGAUGUUUGUGCGCAACUGUCGACUGAUCAUGCUGCUGCGACGAGAAUUCAACCAGGAGAAGCACACCGUUUUCAAGCCCGCCGAGUACCGCUGGAAGCUGGCGGAGACGUGCGACAACGAGUGGCACCACUACUCGGUCAGCAUGGACUUUCCUGAUGCGACGCUCUACAUUGACGGUAACAAGUUCCACAACACGACCACCAAUCCGGAGAUUGUCGACGACUGGCCGCUGCACGCGGUGAAGGACGUCAAGACCACCUUCAGCGUGGGCGCCUGUUGGGAGGGCAAGAAGGCAAAGAUGAACUUCCACUUCAGAGGCUUCCUCGCCGGUCUGAGCAUUCUGCGAGGUCAGAUGGAAAGUCCCGAUGUGUUGCGCUGUCUGCACCGGUGCAAGGAGGGACUGCACCAGCCCAGUGCUGAUUCAAUUGAGUCGGGCAUUGACAUUCUCACCAACAGCGACUCGACGUCGAUUCUGGUCAACGGAAAGGAGUCCAUCGACGUGGAGGACGUCAUCUCGCAGAUCUCCUACAGUAACACCCGAGAGUAUCCCACCCCGGGCAGGAGAAGUCUCAAGCUCUCCACCUCUAUUUCUUGCGCCAAUGGAAAGUCGCUGAAGAUUCCGCAGGUGGACUCGUACGUGAUGGUGAUGCCGGCAGAGCAGCCGACCAUCGCCAUCAAUGGCACUCCGAAUCUGGCACGCGAAUACGAGUCCUUCAUGCAGGGCAUUGAGCUGUUCAACUCCAUCUCCAUCUUUGUCAAUCAGGACAACGACGGUGAGGAGGGCGAGACAGAGAAUGAGAUUGACGAGGGCACUGCCGACGACGGUGAGGAGGGCGCCGCCAAUGGAGACGUCCCAGCGGGCAUCAGCAAGUUGAUUGGCGAACACAAACUGGACAGCUGCAACAUUCAGGUGUACCCGCCGCUGAAUCCCGAUCACGAGUACUUCCGCGUGCCCACCAACAUGAUGGAGCACCUGGAGAUUCGUCACAAGGAGACAAAGGACGGCAUUGUCAUCUUCGGCGCCGACUCGGUUCACAACUACCAGCAAAUUCUGCGCCAGCUGAUUUACUUCAACCGAAAGCCCGCUUACUACCUGAACCGAGCUUUUAAGCUGUCCUGCUCCGAGCUGAAUGGCCGCUUCUCCAGCAAUGACUACAUCCAAACGCUGACCGUCAUUCACCCCAAGGUGGAGCCCACCGAUGUGCCGCCGCAGCAAUCGCAGCAGCAGCAGCGCACCAAUGUGGUCGAAGUGCAGCCCAUGCCGGCACACGCCAUGAUCCACGACCACAAGGUCGACCUGAAGGAUCCGCGCAUCAAGCAGGUGUCUUCCGGUUUCUUCGACAGCAGCAUCGUCGACGCGAGUGACAACUUUGCUCGUGCCACUCCCAGCCACGCAGUGACCAUUAUCAUCGUCGUCUGCGUCGGCUUUCUCGUCUUCAUGAUUGUCCUCGGCGUCAUUCGCAUUCGAUCGGCACACCAUCGCGUCAAUGAUAACCGCGAGGAGGAUGCAGAGAUGACCUGGGACGAGUCUUCCCUGACCAUUACCGUCAACCCACUGGAUCAAAUUGAACAGGAUCAGGAAGGUCAGCAGCUGAACGACGACGAUGAUGACAGUGACAGCUCGGACGACGCCAGCAGCUACCACGAAGACGGAGAGACCAGCGAAGAGGAGGCAGAGCCGAAAGCCAAAGUUCGCCCCGAGCUGGAGUGGGAUGAUACCAACUUCUAA